AUGUUGUCAUCAAGAUGGUGUUCAUGUAAAAAGCAGAGUCCAAGUCGACAAGUAGGUCAGUUACUGCGCUACAUGUCUAGCAAGGUAAUUGGAAUUGAUUUAGGAACUACGAACUCUGCUGUUGCCGUUUUUGAAGGAAAAGAACCAAAAAUCCUGGAGAACGAAGAGGGAAAGAGAACGACACCUUCUAUUGUUGCAUUUACCCCAGAAACUGUGCUAGUAGGAGAACCAGCAAAGAGACAAUCUAUUCUGAACUAUCAGAACACUUUUUAUGCUACAAAAAGGCUCAUUGGUCGCAAGUAUUCGGAUCCUGAAGUUCAACGGGAUAUUUCCAACGUUCCUUACAGUAUAAUUGAACAUGAAAAUGGGGAUGCGUGGCUUCAAAACAUGCACUCAGGUCAAAAAUACUCCCCCUCUCAAAUUGGUAGUUUGAUAUUGGGAAAGAUGAAAGAGAUUGCAGAGCUAAAUCUUUCCCAGUCUAUUAGCCAGGCUGUGGUCACUGUGCCUGCCUACUUCAACGAUUCGCAAAGACAAGCAACUAAGAUUGCUGGUGAUUUAGUGGGUCUUAAAGUUUUAAGAGUUAUCAAUGAGCCCACCGCUGCUUCUUUGGCUUACGGAUUGAAUAGAAAAAAUGACGGGAUAAUUGCCGUUUACGACCUUGGUGGUGGAACUUUUGAUAUCUCCAUAUUGGAUAUCGAAGCCGGCGUCUUUGAAGUUAUUGCGACGAAUGGUGACACACAUCUUGGAGGGGAAGAUUUUGACCAUUUGCUGGUGGACUACAUAUUGCAACAGUUUCAAUCGCAGACAGGACAAGAUCUAUCUACUGACCGUUUGGCCCUGCAAAGAAUUCGUCAGGCUGCUGAAAAGGCCAAGAUUGACCUCUCUACUGUUAAAACAACAACAAUAGAGCUGCCUUUUAUUACUAAAACUCAACAUAUAAAUCUCGAACUAACAGAAGACCAACUUGAUGAAAUGAGCUUGCACUUGAUUAAUCGUACGGUGCAACCAGUUAAAAAAUGUCUUCGUGAUGCAGAUCUUACAAAUUCCGACAUUGAUGAAGUAAUCCUUGUUGGUGGAAUGACUCGUAUGCCCAAGAUUCGCAAAGUUGUGGAAGAAACAUUUGGCAAGAAGCCAAACACUUCUGUAAAUCCCGAUGAAGCCGUCGCUCUUGGUGCUGCAAUUCAAGGUGCAGUUUUAUCUGGGGAGAUUAAAGAUGUCUUGCUUUUAGAUGUAACACCUUUGACUCUCGGUAUCGAAACCUUUGGAGGUAUUUUUUCUCCUUUGAUCCCAAGAAACACCAAAGUGCCUUGCAAAGUACAACAGAUGUACUCAACUGCUGUAGAUGGCCAGAAUUCAAUCGAAGUUAACGUAUAUCAGGGUGAAAGAUCUUUGGUGAGAGACAAUAAGAUGAUUGGACAGUUCAAACUGUCAGACUUGGAACCUCAACCCAAGGGUGUUCCUCAGAUCAAGGUCAGUUUCGAAAUUGAUGCGGAUGGAAUCAUCAAGGUAAAUGCGAAAGAGACGACCACUAAUCAAGACGCUUCAAUAACUGUAUCUGGAUCCACAGGUUUGACUUCUGAAGAGGUUGAAAGAAUUGUAGCCGAAUCAAAGAGUAAUUCAGAAACUGAUCGUAUUAGGAAGGAAAUAUACACAAAAGCCAACAAUUUGGAACUACUACUGUUUGACUGUGAUAAUGCUUUAUCUCAAUGGGGUGGAUAUAUGGACGACUCUGACAGGCAAGAGUUGACAAAGCGUAUUUCUGACCUACGGGAAGUAAUUCGGCAGGCCCGGGAUGAAAAAUUAGAAGAUAUCAGUGUUUUAGAAUCGUCACAACAACUACUUCAAACAGAAACACUGAAGGCGGUGGGGAAAGCUGCUCAGAAAAUGAGAACCUUGUCAAAGAAUAAGAACGAUUAG